CUGAAUCUAUGCCCAGCCUGGGAGAAAGAUGAAACCAGUGAGAAAGGCUGCCAGUUCCUCCUCUUCCUCCUCUUCCGGUAGCAGCAGCUGCAGCCGCUCUCCACCCUCCACCCGGGCCAAAACUCAGAAGCGCAAGACCGCCAUUGACGAGAGCCCCACGCUUGAAGAAGGAGCAGAAGAGGAGGCGCCCGAUCAACCCUCAGCUUUUGUGGGUGCCCGGCGCAUGCAAGUACAGAUGGACCCCAGCCUGCGGGACUUGGCCGGAGCUCACGAUGACCCCUACAAACUGCCCGAAGGUGAAACACAGGCGGGGGCCGAGGCCUGCGGGACAGAAGCCUCCUUGAACCGCAAGACGGCUACUUUUAAGUCGCGGGUGCCAUGCCGGAAGUAUUCUGGGGGUGAAGAGUCGAACGGCAGCGAGAACGUAGCCGCCACCUUGGAGGAUGAGCCUCGCCGCUGCCCUUCUUCCAGCACGGACACAGCCAGCGAGCACUCCGCGGACGAGAAUGACAAGGGGGUGGGGAACAUGUGGGCGAUGCCCCCCAGUGCGUACGACCUGCGCCAGCUGCGUUCCCAGCGGGUGCUGGCACGGCGGGAAGGACUCUUCCAGCCAGCCGUUGUGAAGCAGGUCAGACGAGGGCAGGACCUGGGGGUGCAGUUUGUGGGGGACCGGGUCACGGCGUAUUACGAAGGGGCCCUGGGAUCUGCUGCUGUGGAUAUUGUGCUGGACGCUGCCCCACCCACUGGAGCUUUGGCUGUGGGUACCCCAGUCUGUGCUUGCGUGGACCCCGACGAGACAGCUUACCAGGAAGGCACAGUGGUGGAAGUCAGUGUCAAACCUGCUUCUUAUAAAGUGCGAUUCACCCAUCCGUUGGUUCUCCGUGGACCUGCCACUGCCGCCCGCAAAGACUCCGCCUGGGUGCCCCGCUCAGCCCUGCGCCUCCUACGCUCCCCGUGGCGUUGUGACAAUCCUUCUGAAGACAACAAGCCACCUGAAAUGAUGCCUCCGUUGCCAGAGCCAGAGGAAGUUGCUCUGGCCCUCUCGUGCCCCGAGUCCAAGCAGCCCGAAGACGCCGAAGUGUCCAAGAUCAGUGCUGGAGUGAGGGCAGAAGAGAAGUCCGUGGUGGUGCCACCCCAGAUCCUGUCCCCCCCAAAGUCGCCAGCCUUCCCUCGCCUUCCUGAGCAGCGAUCGCCUUUGCUGAGUCCGGAAGCGAGCGGAAGCCGCAGCAGCAGCGUGAUGUCCGUGGAUAAGUGCAGCACGCCGGGCUCCUCUCGCUCCCGUACGCCCCUCACCGCCGCCCAGCAGAAGUACAAGAAAGGGGACGUGGUGUGUACCCCCAACGGCAUCCGCAAGAAGUUCAACGGGAAGCAGUGGCGACGGCUCUGCUCGCGGGACGGCUGCAUGAAGGAGUCCCAACGACGGGGUUACUGCUCCCGUCACCUCUCCAUGCGCACCAAGGAAAUGGAAAGCCUCUCGGAAGGCCGAGCCAGUGGCCUGCGGGAGGGCAGCGCCGAGUUUGACUGGGACGAGACGUCGCGGGACAGUGAGGCUAGCAGUGCCCGAGGGGACUCGCGGCCUCGGCUGGUGGCGGCUGCCGAUUUGUCGCGCUUUGAGUUUGACGAGUGCGAAGCUGCCGUCAUGCUGGUGUCGCUGGGCAGCUCUCGUUCAGGCACCCCAUCUUUCUCGCCGGUCUCCAACCAGUCCCCCUUUUCCCCUGCUCCCUCCCCGUCCCCUUCUCCUCUCUUUGGCUUCCGUCCAGCCAAUUUCAGCCCCAUCAAUGCCUCGCCCGUAAUCCAGCGGGCCGCUGCUCGCAGCCGCCAUGUGAGUGCCAGCACCCCAAAGGGAGUCGGGGGUGCCGUGCUGAGCCCUGAGAUGUUGCACCAUGCCGCUUCCCGAGAGCGCCAUCAUUCGGGCAUCAGCUUCCAGACCAACCUUACCUUCACAGUGCCAAUGAGUCCCAGUAAGCGGAAAGCCGAGUCGCACCACAGCAGCACCAGCUCGGCGGCCGACUUCCACAAGAACGACAGUCUCGACUCAGGCGUGGAAUCCAUUUCUCACACUCCCACCCCUUCCACCCCUGCUGGUUUCCGGGCCGUGUCGCCCGCGGGUGCUGGGCCCUUUUCCUCGCGCUCCCAGCAGGCCUCCCCGCUCUUGCUGGUGCCCCCGCCAGCUGGACUGACCUCCGAUCCGAGCCCCACGGUGAGGAGGGUGCCCGCCGUGCAGAGAGACUCCCCCGUGAUUGUGCGCAACCCCGAUGUCCCGUUGCCCUCCAAGUUCACAGAGAAGCCGUUGGAGAGCCGAGGGGGCAGCCCAAGGAUGGGGAAAGCCGGCUCCAAGGAGCACCUGUCGGGCAAAGGGCAGUUGCAAAUGCCGGUGCCCAUUAACGUGGGCCGGACUCUGCCUUCCAGCCAGCCUAGUGUGGUAUCUGUCCCCGAACAAGCUCCGCCUGUCUUCAGCGUGUCCUCCCCCUUUCAGCCUGUGGCCUUCCACCCCUCCCCAGCUGCCCUCCUGCCUCUCCUUGUCCCCGGAGAGUACACCAGCCAUCCUACUCCCAAGAAGGAGAUCAUCAUGGGGAGACCUGGCACAGGUAAGCUUCAGGGCUUACUCGAUACUCUUCGGUCUUGUCCUUCGGGUGUUGUCGCUUUUUUGCCUCCCUGUGUUUAUUUCACUUUUCCCAUCCCUCCAGGCCCAACAUUAAACAGUGUUAAAUCCAAACUGCUUAGCCUUAGUGGCUCUCAGGCGAGGUGCCAAGGAGAGUCGGGGAGAGCUCUAUGCCAGUUCGCUGCAGACCACUUGCUAUGGCCAGCUCACCGCAGGACAAGAGUUACAUUAAUACCAAAAAAACGGUG